AUGGCCUCGGACGACCCGUCGAGCAGCCUCACCGAGUCCGGCAUCACCAUGCAUUCGGACAGCGAGCAAUACUCCCCCGGCGAGGAUAAUCCCUCUGCGUCGCCCCCCUCCACCGGCUCCCCCGUCAUCCUGUACAGACCGCCUACCUUGUGGUCGUUAUUAAGAGGCGCGGCCAUCAACCUCUUGCUUCCGUUCAUCAACGGCAUGAUGCUCGGAUUCGGCGAGCUGUUUGCUCAUGAAGCCGCCUUUCGAUUAGGCUGGGGAGGGACCAAGGUGUUCCCGCUGUCGCGGAGGCGGGCACAUGCUGUCGGACCGGGAAUUGAAGUUCGCGAGCGACGCCGGAACCCCGGACCGUCAUUGGAUGACCUAGCGAGCCUGGAGUAG